UUUAAGAUUUAUGGUCAGUGCCGGCAUCCGUAGUCCUCGUAGUGGAAGAAUGGCUGGUUGGCUGUGGUUACGCUGUGUUUUAGGGCCUCACCUGCAACGAAUUCACCGCUCACCGGAUCCGUCUCGGGCCGAGGGCCGAGUGGGGAGAAGGGGAUGCAACUAUCAACCCAGGAGUCUGGAGAAGCACACCGACAGCAUCCUUGGCUGGGCUUCAGCGCUGUGGUCUCUGUCCUACUACAGCUCUCCUCUUCUCCUCUGCUAUCUGUACAGGAAAGGUUACAUCUGCAGCAGUAAGUUGGUUCCAGUGAGUCAGUAUGUGGGAACCGUGCUGGUGUGUCUUCUAGGAGUGGCCUGUCUAAGAGGGUUGGGAAGAUGGAAAAACUCUGAGUAUCUUCAGUUUAUCUCCAUUCUCGAAGAAACCAAGAAGAGUCACACUCCAGCAAAUAAGAAAAAGCUGAGGUGUUAUGACUUUGACUUCUUGCACUGGCCUUCAGAUUUCAGCUGGACAGAAGUCAGCAGCCCGAAACUGUCCAAAGCUGGUGUUUCUCUGCUGAAGCCAGAGCCCAGAUUAAGAGGAGCAGCAGACAGUGUCCUCAACUCUGUGCGCACUCUACCAUGUCAUAUCAUCAGUUUUCUUAUUGUUCACACAUUUGGGAGGAGGAUGCUGUACCCUGGCUCUGUAGGUUUACUGCAGAAAGCCAUGAGGCCCAUGCUCCAGCAAGGCCAGGCUAAACUGAUAGAAGAGUUUGAUGGCCAGAGGAACAAGCUUGUGGCCUGUGAUGGGAACGAGAUUGACACAAUGUUUGUGGAUCGAAGGAGAGACGGGGGACGCAAAGGCCAAACUCUGGUCAUCUGCUGUGAGGGGAACGCAGGCUUCUAUGAGGUGGGCUGCAUGAACACUCCAAUGGAGGGCGGCUACUCUGUGCUGGGUUGGAACCACCCUGGCUUUGGAGGCAGUACGGGAGUACCAUUCCCCCAGAACGAGGCCAAUGCCAUGGAUGUAGUGAUCCAGUUUGCAACACAUCAACUGGGCUUCCAGCUCAUCGACAUUGUCAUAUACGCCUGGUCCAUAGGAGGAUUCACAGCGAGUUGGGCAGUGAUGUCAUACCCAGAGGUCCAAUCAAUAGUGUUGGACGCCUCAUUCGAUGACCUCCUGCCUCUGGCCCUCAAGGUCAUGCCCAACAGCUGGAGGCCGUUGGUGCAGCAUACAGUCAGGCAGUACAUGAAUCUCAACAACGCAGAGCAGCUUCUCAAAUACCAGGGACCAGUCCUGCUGAUCAGGAGAACCAGAGAUGAGAUCAUCACCACAACGGGUCCAGAGGAUGUCAUGUCCAACAGAGGCAACAACCUCCUGCUCAAACUGCUACAGUUCAGGUACCCGAAAAUAAUGACAGAUGACGGGAUCAGAGUCGUCAGACAAUGGCUGGGAGCCUCCAACCACAUAGAGGAAGCAUCUGUGUACAGUGGUAAUGAAGUGGACGAUGACUGGUGUGUGUCUGUGCUGCAGUCGUAUCAGGCCGACAGAGAUGUUUCGUUUCCAUGGAGUGUUGGUGAGGACAUGACUCUAGAGGGAAGGCGGCAGCUGGCUCUUUUCUUGGCACGGAAGUACAUGCGAAACUUUGAAACAACACACUGCACUCCUCUCCCCGCCGCCGAGUUUCACUCACCAUGGAGACUGUAAAGAAAAAAGAGGACGGACGGUUGAGGGGAAAAGAACAGCAUAUGAUUUGGAUGGCCUGUGGUCAGUGCGUGUUCCUGGCAUGUUGUGAAUGUAUUACUGUGAUCUUGCUCCAGAUUUCCCACCUAAGACAGGUUUGUUGUCAAAUAUAUAAAUAUGUUGCUGCUGUGGUGGCAUCUGGAAGGAUAUAUUGCUGUCUGCCCCCCCAUCCAAAAUAUGUAAAAUAUGCUACGUCUUUUCUUUUAAGGUUAAUGUUUAGUCAUACUAUGUCUCCUUGGAAAAAAAAGGAAAAGGAGCAUUUUAAGUAAAUGCACAAGUUGUCGCCCACUCCUUCCUUUCCCCCCCUCUAUGGCUGUAUUUGUAAAGAUGCACCUAAGUAGAAAUACAUUACUUAAAUUUAAUAUAAAUAAUGCUCAUGUUUGAUCUUUAAAAAUGCAGCCAAAACAUCUAGGCUUUUCAGGUUUAGUUCUUUUCUGUGACCACUAUCUCUCUGAACACAGCUGUAUUAAAAACUAGGCUCUUAAAUGUUCUAUUAAAUAUGCUGAAUAAAAUGUUUGACAUAGGG